AUGGCUUUACAAGACGUUGUUACCAGAGAAUAUACCAUCAACUUACAUAAAAGAGUAUGUUAAAUAUUAAUUUUAAAAGGAACAGAAACAGACAUUUCAAUAUUCAAACGUGAUUAUUUUAAUUCUUACAUAUCCUGAAAAUAAUCAAUUUAUUUAAAAGAAGAAACAAACUAAAUGAACUAUUGAAAUUUGAAAGAAUUUAUGGGAUUGUUAUACUAACAAGUUUCUAGUUACAUGGUGUUCAUUUCAAAAAAAGAGCUCCAAAAGCUAUGAAAGAAAUUAGAAAAUUUGCUACUUUACAUAUGGGUACCACUGAUGUUAGAUUAGAUCCAAAAUUAAAUGUUGCAGUUUGGAAAAGAGGUGUUCAAGGUGUUGAACAUAGAAUGAGAUUAAGAAUUUCAAGAAAAAGAAAUGAUGAAGAAGAUGCUAAAGAAAAAUUAUUUGCUUACGUUGAACCAGUAAUUGUUCCAUCAACUAAAGGUUUACACACCGUUGUUGUUGAAGAUGAAGAAUAA